UAACAUACUGGCUUUUUAUUUUAAUAACCAGCAGAUUUAUCGAACGUUUUGCACAGCAUAUUACAAAAAUAUUUUUUAAGCAUGCCUCCGGGACCGAGACAAUGUUUUCCCUACAGACCUAAUGAUUUCAUGUACGAUCCUGUCUUUACUGUAUCAGGACCGGUUGACCAUUAUAAGGCCGUUUUAGCAGCCAAAAUGUCGACUACAGAAUACCAAAUAUGCCCCAUAUUUCCCAACAUGUUCUCGGAUUUACCGCACCAUCCGCGGGUGCAGCUAGUCAAAAGGACACAGAAACCCGUACCCACCUUCCACGAGCUGCAACAGCAGAUUAAGCAGAAGAAAAAAGAUCCUUACAUGCAACGACCCGUAGACGUUAGAGGUUCGGAUAGGUCGAAAUUCUCUGUCACGGUAAUGAAUUAUCCCAUUCAGGACGUCCUUCCCUUCCAACACGCUCCGACUUUCACGAUCGAAAAAAUUCAAGAAAAAGUCACCGAAGUCAUCGAUUCAAAAUUCAAGGACGCAGAAGUCGAGACGGCGUUCAGGGAAUCUAUGGCGCAAACGGACCCCUGGGAACCCCCUUACAAAGUAGUCGGAAAAGGGGAGCCGGAGGUGUUAAAAUUAGAUUUUUUGAAAUGGGGUAGCGGUCUACCAGCCGGAAUGCACGAAAUAAAGCUGAUAGAACGAGCCAGAAUGAAGAAAGCUUGGGAAAAGCACAUCGACCAAGAUACCGGCGACAAAGUCCAGUCCAGCCGACAAUUUAAGGAGUACAUGCACGCAUUGGAAAUGGACGAAUGGGCGUUCAGGGAGCAGGAAAUUUCCGAAAUACAAGAGCUGCGCCUGCAGCUGUUGGAGAAUAUGCUGAGCGAGAUACACGAGACCAGCAACGCCAGGAACACGGAGAAAAUGCAGCACAUCGUCGAGAGGAUUCAAAAGGAGAAGGAGGAGAAGCUGGCGAAAUUGAAGCACAAAACGUCCCGGGAACUGCGGAAGCUCGAACUCGAGCGCAGAGGCUUCCAGAGGAGAUACAAAGAGAUGAACGUUAUCGAGGAGCACACCGAUAAAAAGGCUGAAAUUUACGCGCCUCUGAUGAGGCACGGCGAACAUCCGAAACGUUGGCAUUUGGUCAUCGAUGAAAAACUCAAACAGUACCGAGCCCGGUUUAUUGGCGUGGAGAAUAUCAACACUUUGCCCAAGUGGAUCCACACAGCUACGAAGAUAGACAAGCACACUUUAUACAGCAAUUGGCCCAAAUUGCGCCUGUGCAUAAGGGAGACGAAAUGGACAGCACCUGUAUUAAAAACUCUUCACGAAGAAUUGAAAAACCUAAGAAAAGGCGUAGAAAAACGACAUCUAUCUCUAAGAAAAAAAAUAACAUUCACAUCCGAAGAAUCUCUAACACCAGAAAUAGAAGGCGUACCGAAAGAACAAGAAGCACAAUACCAAGCCGUCGUACUUAUACAGAAAGUUCUUAAAGGACGGGCUUCCCAAGCAACAAUCUACGAAGGCAGAGACACUUGCAAAGAACUCAUCAGAGAAUUGAAGCACUCCAAAGGCCUAAUGAAAAACCAGAAAGAACGCAAACGAAAGAAGAGAUUAAAAGUGAAGGUGCAACAAAGAGAAGAAAACUUACAACUGAAUCUAGUGGAAAGGCUUCAAGGAUCCCUGGGCCAACUCCAAGGCGUCGUGGUCGGUUCGCUGUUGGACUUUUUGAACAAAGAACUGAGGAGGCUGCUCGAGGAGCGCAAAGCCCACGCGAUGUGCCUCUACCACGAAAGAGAGCGGUACAAGAAGGAGGCGGUGGAGGCCGGAAGGCGACAAAAGGAGUUAAGAAGAAGAAAGGAGCACGACGAAAUGUUCAAGCAAAUCGUGAAGAUCACCGAAGAGAGCGUCGACGUCUACCUGAAAGAGGUGAUCACGGAAGGAAUGCAGUUCUGUUCCAAAGAAGAAGCUGCGGAGUAUGUGGAGAAGUUAGCCGUACAAAUCGAGAAAGAUACUGAAAGCGCAUACGAAUGUGACACAACGAUUAGCGAGCAAGAUGAACUCAUAGCGAAUUUGAUUAUGCACUUCUUGCUUCCCGAUGUCGAGAAGAAAAUCAUUCGGGAGAGAAUUUCGAACGUGCAAAGUCAACGUUUGAAGUCUGUCCACGACGCGAUUUAUUCGAAAAUCGAAGAUUUACCUGCACCUGUAUGGCCUGAACCGACGCCCGAAGAAGUCGUCGAGGAAUUAAUGGACGAGCUCAAACAAAAAUUAGACGAAGAAUUAGAAGUUAUCAUUAGAGAAGAGGAAUUACUGGAGGAAUUAGAACUAGCGGAUAUCGAACCCAGUACAUCCCGGGAAACGACUAGCCGAAAAAGCGCUAUCAGUUCGAGGAAAUCUACAAAAUCCACGAAAUCUGCGAUAUCCGCGAAAUCCCGAAAAUCGAGCGCGAAAAGUGAUUACAUUGAUCCUAUGGAACUUUACAUGACGCAUUUGCUGAAAGAAUCCGGCGAAUAUGAGGGCGAAUUUGAAAUGGUUCAAUACCAAAGAGGCGAUCAAUCAAACUUCAAAACUGCCACACUGGCUACCAUUCCAGAAGACAACGAGAGCAUUAAAGAAUAAUUUACACAAAUUCCGCUUAAUAAAUAACGUAUCUUAUAAUGAAAGAAACAUUAUAACAUAUUGGAAAAUAGUAUAAAUUAAAUACAAAAAAUAAGCACUUAAACUAGUUUAUUUAUUUAGCUGGUGAGAGUAAAAAGAAAUCUUCACAUAAUAUUUCCUAAACGUUUGUAAUCGAUUUUCUCUAACUGCACUAGAGGCCUCAAUUGCUCUGCGAAGAUUCUCAUAUCUUCUCCUAUAGCAUCCUGUCCUGAGGGAGCCAGUACGGACAGCUCGACCAAGUAGCUCUGCGAUAUCGGCUCCACGCUCUCCGGUUUAUUACCGCCCAUUUUGAAUAUCUUCGAAACGGUUAUCUUCAUCCUCCCUUUACGAAACAUGUACCCCCUCGCUAUGUAUUCAAACUCUAUACGACAUCCUAGUUCAGUGAGAAAUUCGAGUAUCGUCGAACUACAGGCCAUAUCUAUGCUAGAACGAACUACCGUAGGCCUGUUUUUGUCCCCCAAUUCCUGCUGACCGAUGUACCGUAGCUGGUAGGGAGUAUCGCUCACGUCCAAAGCUCUCCGCACUCGCAGGGAAAAUAUAGACAUAGGCAUCGGCGUGGAGGCGGCUGUGUUCGGAAUCCUUAGAGAAAAACAUAUCUCGUGAUCGUGGAAGCUCUCCGGGCCGCUAUCGACGUUGUCGCAUAAGCCUCUUAAUCGAUGCAGCAGAACUUCUACGUACUGGUCCAGAACGGAACCUUGCAGGAGAUAUUCCUGAUUCGGGAUUAUGUUGCACUUUAACGCCGCGCUGAGCGAGUCCAUAGCAUUACCCGGUAACGACAUAAUUAGCGAAAAUUAUAGUCCACAAUAUACAAUGUUUACAAAUAAUUGUGUUGACAAAUUCGAUAUAACCUCACUUUUAAAG